AUGAAGCAAAAUCUUGCGACCGUGCCCGCCAUGCGGAUUCACUUCUUCGCGUUUCUGGCUGUCUUUGGGUUGCAUCCUGGGGUGCAAGCUUUCAAGGUGUCAGAGACGCCCCCGCCCGUCAACAUCUCGGCAUCCAGCAGUUCCAAAGUCGUGAAGAAGGUGGAGGAGCUGAUGGAGAAGAACUUGCUGCACGAUGCCGGCGAGGUAAAUGAAAUACCCGAGCCAGACACGCCCAAACAGGACAAGGACAGCGCCAAUGGCGACCUCGCCCGCAAUCUCGAGUUCCUUUUGAUGAAGGUGGCACAGCUUGAGACCGUGGUGGAGUUGCAGCAGGCCGAGUUCGCUGCGCAACAGGAGGAGAUCGAAUCUCUCAAGAAGCAUGUGGGCUUGGAUGCGCAACAUGUGGCGAUGGCACGGAAGCGUGCUCGAGAUCCAUAUGUUGCAAAAGACCAUUUGGAGCGGAUCUUGGGCAAACACCAUCGCCAGCGGGAGACCAGAGAGUACCACCCAGAGCCCCAUGAG